CUGAAAGCAGCUCGAUUCUUGCUGGGAUAAAUUCUUUGCCCUAAUUAUUCACGGCCACUCACAGAAACAGGCUGCUGGUCAGCUCUCUCUCGGAUGCCAUCACAAUUUCAACGCUUGCCCUCCUUUUCAGGGGUUGUUUACACACGGGCUUCUUUUAAUUGCAAAUGAGCCCCCCCGAACCUGUGACCCUGGAAUACGGGACGAAAAUACAAAUUCUUCUCGCCGCAUUUAAUUAGGGGGAUUAAGGGAGUUGUAGUUUUUACGCGCUCACCUCACGCGACGUGGAUCAGCGUGGGGACUACAACGCCCACAAGCGUUCUGUCACUGCGCAUGCGCGAAGCGCGAAACGGGAGCUGUCCGCGUCUGGUAGUGCUGCUCUGAUUUCAUUCAACGGCUGCGCGUACGAGCGUGUGUGUUUAUGGACGCGAUGGAAGAAGAGCUCAAAUGCCCGGUUUGCGGUUCUCUCUUCAAGGAGCCCAUUAUUUUACCGUGCUCUCACAAUGUCUGCCUCGCGUGUGCCCGGAAUAUCACCGUGCAGACCCCGGAGGGAGAGACCCCUCCACAGAAUCGAAGCUCCGGCACCUCGGACUAUGAUUAUCUGGACAUGGAUAAGAUGAGCAUGUAUAGCGAGACGGACAGCGGCUACGGGUCUUACACGCCGUGCCUCAAGUCUCCCAACGGCGUGCGAGUGUUCCCGCCGGCGCUCAUGCACCGCCACUGCUCCAUCACCUGCCCGCUGUGCCACCGCAGCGUGUCCCUGGACGAGCGCGGGCUCCGGGGACUCCAGCGCAACCGGCUGCUCGAGGCGAUCGUGUCCCGCUACCAGCAGAGCCGCGCCGCCUCCGUCAAGUGCCAGCUGUGCGACCGCAACCCGGUGGACGCCACGGUCAUGUGCGAGCAGUGCGACGUGUUUUACUGCUCCCCGUGCCAGCAGCGAUGUCACCCCUCCCGCGGACCGCUGGCCAAGCACCGGCUGCUGCCGCCGACCCAAGCGCAGGCGGGGAGCGCACAGCCGCCCGGCGCCCCCGCGCGCAAACAGCCGACCUGCGUGGAUCACGAGGCGGAGAACUACAGCAUGUACUGCGCCAGCUGCAGGACCCCCGUGUGCUACCAGUGUCUGGAGGAGGGCAAACACGGGAAACACGACGUGAAGCCGCUGGCCGCCAUGUGGAAACAGCACAAGUGUCAGCUGUCCCAGGCACUGAACGGAGUUUCAGACAAAGCCAAGGAGGCCAAGGAGUUCCUGGUGCAGCUCAAAAAUCUGCUCCAGCAGAUACAGGAGAACGGGGUUGAGUUUGAGGCAUGUCUGGUCGCUCAGUGUGACUCUCUGAUUGAAGCACUCACUCGGCAGAAGGCCAAACUGCUCACCAAGGUCACAAAGGAGAAGGAGAACAAGCUGAAGACUGUAAAAGAUCAGAUAACCCACUGCACCAUGAAGCUCCGACAGACCACAGGAAUGAUGGAGUUCUGUCUGGAGGUUAUCAAAGAGAACGAUCCCAGUGGAUUCCUACAGAUCUCAGAUGCAUUGAUAAAGCGCGUCCUGGCGUCUCAGGACCAGUGGGUAAAAGGUGCAUUGGAGCCAAAAGUUUGUCCAGAAUUCGCCUUGACCGUCAACACAGACCCUCUGAUGCAGUCCAUUCUCCAGCUGGACUUCACCCAGAAUAAAGAUGGUCAGGAGGCUGCAUUGUUGAAACAAAUGCAUGCAGGUGACCAGAAAGAGGAGGAAAGCACCGGAGCAGAAACCCCCACAGUGCCUCCUGCACCGCUGCUGCAGUUGGAGAAGUGCUGCAUGCGGAACAACAGCGCCACCUUGGCCUGGAGGAUAACCACAGUCCAAGCCCUGCCUGUAGAGGGUUACGUACUGGAACUGGAUGACGGGAAUGGCGGACCUUACCGGGAAGUUUACGUGGGCAAAGAGACCGUCUGUACAGUGGACGGCCUCCAUUUCAACAGUUCCUACAGCGCUCGAGUAAAAGCCUACAACUCUGCUGGAGUGGGAGCGUACAGCAAAGUGGUGGUGCUGAAGACAUCUGACGUGGCAUGGUUCACCUUCGACCCAACAUCCGCUCACAGAGACAUUGUGCUGACCAAUGAAAACCAAACUGUGACGUGUAACAGUUACGAUGACCGUGUGGUGCUGGGAACUGCUGCCUUCUCCAAGGGUGUGCAUUACUGGGAGCUUAGCGUGGACCGCUAUGAUAACCACCCUGACCCUGCAUUCGGAGUGGCGCGGAUUAAUACCAUGAAGGACAUGAUGCUGGGGAAGGACGAUAAGGCCUGGGCCAUGUAUGUGGACAACAACCGCUCCUGGUUCAUGCACAACAACUCCCACACCAACAGGGCUGAGGGUGGCAUCAGCAAGGGCUCGACUGUUGGGAUCCUGUUAGACUUAACAAAACACACCUUGACUUUCUUCAUCAAUAAACAGCAGCAUGGACCCAUGGCUUUCGAGAACUUGGAGGGUGUGUUCAUGCCUGCGGUCAGUCUCAACCGCAAUGUCCAGGUGAGCAGCAGAUCCAUCGUGUCCUUUUACUUACUCAGUGAUUGGUCCCGACACUCCCAACCCCACAUUCUGAACCAAUCUCAUCACAGUCGGGUUUCUUGACCCAUUGUCUAGCAGAUAUUCCAGAAAUCAGGGUUAACUUGUAUUCAUAUAAAUCCAAACUCUUGUCUGAUUAACCCAAACCUUUGCAGUCCUGGUGUGGUAUGACAAAUUAUAAAUGGUUCUUGGCACAGGAUUCUAGGCAGGGUUGGGCAACCAUGCUGAUUCAGUCUGGUAGAGUGCACGUGCGUGACAUCACCACCCUGUUGCCUGGUCACCAGUUUCUUUUUAACUGGCUAAGCUGAAGCAUGUUAUCAAUUGACAAUCAAACAUGUUAGAUCUAUAUAUAAACAAACACUAAAGGUUUUGGACAAGAAUCCAGUUAGAAUGCACCAUUAAGACAUCUGUGGCCUAAUGGAUAAAGAGUUUGGCUAGUAACCCAAAGGUUGCUGGUUGCCAGCAGGAUUUGAAGAUGGGUAAUGUAAAUAAACCACACUCUCUCUAUCUUCAAUACCCAGCUGGGGUGCCCUUGAGCAAGGCGACUAGCCCUAAUUGCUCCCUGGGAGCUGGAAGUAAUAGCUCCCCACUGCUCCAAGUGUAUGUUCACAGUGUGUGUGUGUGCUCUCACUCAAUAUGUGUCUGUGCACUUGGAUGGGUUAAAAGCAGAGGACCAAUUUCGAGUAUGCGUAAAACCAUACUUGACAAAGCUUACAGAAAUAUGUCAUCUUCAUCCAUCGCUGUUUGCAUUACUCUUGCAUUAUCAAGGCAAAGACUAACACACUUGUAUUACAAUCCAAAGAGAACCCAUUGAGAACCCGAUUGAGAUUGCACCUAAUGGAAUGGUUAAGCAAAAUGAACUGUUUAGCCCAAAAGCAGACUAGUGGUUUUAGUUUUUGAAACCAAAUGUUGAGGGUAUUUGUUUACCAGUUAUAAAGCAUUAAAUGAUUUCUGGAAUCUGCUAAGA